UGGGUCGUGAAUAUUUAAUUGUGCCUCUCAUUUUACAGGUUUUAGUUUAAAGGUAACCAUAGCACACGCACGCAUCCAUUAUUAAUUGCUGAAGCUCUGUAGCUUCUUGGGACUCCACUUUCCUUUAGAUGUCAGCUUCAUAUGAGCGGUGGCGCCGUCAGUGGAAAACAACUUUGAUAUUGUUUUAAGUGUGAGAAUCUGGCAAAUGCGAUGACAACGUAGACCAGUAGGAUGUAAGCGGCUGGUUUCGGCGGAUGGGACAAUGUUUAAGAGUGACAGCAAGGGCGAGGGCGAGAGGCAGCCGAGGAAAGUCCGGUUCCGGGUGGCUUCUUCUCACAGCGGGAGAGUGCUCAAGGAGGUGUACGCCGACGGGGAAACCUCUGACUCCUUGGAUUCCGAGUGCACCAGCAGCUCGGAAACAGACCCAAACAGCAGGCUGAGUGAAUCGGACGGACCGCACAACGGAACCCUUGGGCCGGAGUGGGAUGAGAACGAGAACGUGGGCGAUGACAUGCUCAUUUUCGUGAGAGCUGCCAAAGAGAGAGGAUUUGGCACCAAGAGAGUCAACAUCCUCAGCAAAAAUGGCACCGUUCGAGGAGUCAAGCACAAAGUCAGUGCUGGUCAAGCCCUCUUUGACAAUUUAACAAAGGUAUUUGAGGUAUCAUCAGUUCUGGAAUAUGGGCGCAUAGUAAUUUACACAACCAGCCUUCGGGUGGUUAGAACAACUUUUGAGCGGUGUGAGCUGGUUCGAAAGAUUUUCCAAAACCAUCGAGUGAAAUUUGAAGAGAAAAACAUUGCACUGAAUGGUGACUAUGGGAAAGAACUUGACGAGAGGUGCAGGAAAGUAGGUGAAAUCCCAUCGCUACCAGUUGUGUUUAUUGAAGGCCAGUAUCUCGGGGGUGCUGAGAAAAUUUUGUCAAUGAAUGAAUCAGGGGAACUGCAAGAUCUCUUAACCAAAAUUGAGAGAGUUCAACACCCUCAUGAAUGCCUCUCAUGUGGGGGCUUUGGUUUUAUUCCGUGCUCAGCGUGCCAUGGGAGCAAGAUGUCAGUGUUUCGGAACUGUUUUACGGACUCAUUCAAAGCCCUCAAGUGCACCGCUUGCAAUGAGAACGGGUUGCAACGCUGCAAGAGUUGCCUCAGCUAAGGAUGGCGCCUUGAUACAAAAAAACAACCUCAUUUUAUUAUGUCAACGCAGCAGUUUGUUAUACUAUUUUAUAUUAAGGAAAACCACCAUGUUUGUCCAAUUCAGUCA